AGUUAUGACGUCCUGCUAAGCCUGUGUGAUGAUCCUACAGCCUCAGACUGAGAAUUGCAGCUUAGGUUGAAGAAUUUAACCUUAUAAGUUGUUAUUUUCCCACAUGUGUCUCAACUCUCAUGGUUUGGGACUUGUGAAAACUAGCAAAGCGUUGUACUGUGAGCUCAACUCUGUGGCAGGUUCGGCACUCAGCUGCACAAUGGCUAACUGGGACUAUGACUAUCUGAUCAAGCUGCUGGCUCUGGGGGACUCGGGAGUGGGAAAGACCACCUUCCUCUACAGGUACACUGACAACAAGUUCAACCGCAAAUUCACAACCACAGUGGGCAUCGACUUCAGGGAAAAAAGAGUGGUUUAUACAGGGACAGGUGUAGAUGGGGCAACUGAGAAGAACUUCAGAGUUCACCUUCAGCUCUGGGACACAGCAGGACAAGAGAGGUUCCGCAGCCUCACCACAGCUUUCUUCCGAGAUGCCAUGGGCUUCCUGUUGAUGUUUGACUUGACCAAUCAGCAAAGUUUCCUCAAUGUCAGAAACUGGAUGAGUCAGCUGCAGGCCAACGCGUACUGUGAGAGUCCAGAUGUGGUGUUGGUGGGCACCAAGGCAGACGUCAGAGACAUGAGAAGUGUUCACGCCAGGCAAGCCAGAGAUCUGGCAGACAGAUAUGGCAUCCCGUACUUUGAGACGAGUGCAGUGACGGGUGCUGAUGUGGACCUGGCGGUGACCACCCUGCUGAAUUUGGUGAUGAAGAGGAUGGAGCAGAGCACAUACGGGGGCCAAGGCUCAGAACCCAAUGGCAGCCCCGUCUCCAGCCAUGAAGUGGAGGAGGCAUCUGGGAGGAAGAGGUGUGCCUGCUGAUGUUGCAACCACCAGCUCCUCUUUUCUCUUUUACACCAUAUAUCACUGCAUUUUGAGAUCCUAAAACCAAGCAAAAUAUAAGCCCAUACUGUACAUGAAAGGAGACGAGCUUUGGAAAGUUUCAUUUAAAGCGUUAUUAUUGUUACAGUAUAAAUUCAUCUUCUAGUGUUAUUUAUUCACACACUUUG